AUGCCGCCAUUCAAAUAACCCAAAAAGCAAGUCACUUCAAUUGAGAAACCUGUAGUUGAAGAACAGAGACCUUCCACUGCCUAUUAGGUUGUAUAUUCAAGAGACAUCCGAAAGAAGAAGAAGUAAAUGUUUGAUGGAGUUUUGGUAAUUGAGAAUUAAAGAAUGAAAUUAUUUGAUAUGGAAUCUAAAUAAUUGUUUGCAGGCAGUGAUCAAAUUUAUGACAAUAUUUCACAAUAUUAUAUGGGAUAAUUCUAUGUUGAACUCAUGAAUCAAAUACCUAUCGAUGAAUUCAAAUCUGGCAAAAUUUUCAUGGCUUAACCAGAACCAGAAUAGAAGGUUAUAGUUAAACCCAAGAAACCCUUCAAAUCUAAGUAAUAGCCAGAUGUUGAGCCUAAAUUUACUAUUUUGGAAGGUUUUGAUGUUGAUUAAUUUCUCUAUAAAUAAUUGAGAGCACAUCAAAUUGAGGGUGUUAGAUUCAUGUUGGAGUGUGUAACAGGCAAAAAAGGGAAAUCCAUAAGAGGAUGCAUUUUAGCAGAUAGUAUGGGGUUGGGAAAAACAUUGUAAGCAAUUACAUUAAUGUGGAUUUUGAUAUAAUCACAUGAGAUAUCCAAAAUAGUUAUCACUUGUCCAGUUUCAUUGAUUGGUAAUUGGGAGAAGGAGAUAAAAAAAUGGCUGGGUCCAAUGAGAUUGCAACCAUUAUCUGCCAUUGGCACUAAAGAUGAAGUAAAUAAGUAAGUCAAAUAUUUUUUAUAUUCUCCAUAUAAUCUAUUAUUGACUUCAUAUGAAACCUUCAGAAAUAUUUGUAAUGAAAUUGAUAAGGUUAUUGAUUUACUAAUUUGUGAUGAAGGGCAUCGAUUGAAAAAUAGUAAUAUUAAAACAGUUCAAGCCAUGAAUUAAUUGAAGUGUAAAAGAAGAAUAGUCCUAAGCGGAACUCCAAUCUAAAACAACAUGAAGGAGUUUUAUGCAUGUUGUGAUUUCGUCAACCCCGGAAUAUUCUCGUCUUAUAAGACUUUUAAGUUGGUCUUCUAAGAUCCAAUAGAAAUGUCUAUGGAAAAGGGAUCAAGUGCUGAAACCGUUGAAUUGGGCAAAUUAAGAUCUUAAGAAUUAAGUUCAUUAACAAGUUAAUUUAUUUUGAGAAGGAAACCUGAAAUUUUGAGCAAAUUUUUACCUAGCAAGUUUGAAUAUUUGAUAUUUUGCACAAUGACUCCAUAAUAAUAAGUGUUAUAUAAGAGAAGUUUGCAAUUGUGUCCAAAUUCUGUUAUGAUGUAAUUAAAUUUAUUGAGAAAAGUCACUACCCAUCCUAAACUUAUUGAAGAUGAUGAAAGUCAAGCUGCAGAAAAAUUGGUAGUUCAAGAUUAUUAAUCUGUUAAGUUCAAUUGUUUAAAAAUACUAGUUGAUCAAUGUAAAGAACAAAAUGAAAAAGUAGUAAUCAAUAGUUAUUAUCGAUAAACUUUGGAUUAGAUUGAACACAAUCUCAUUUAAUGGAAUUUGAAAUUCUUGCGAUUAGAUGGAAAAGUAGUGUAAAAACAAAGACUUACUUUGGUUGACGAAUUUAAUAAGGAUAAAGAUAUUACUGUAUUUUUAUUGAAUGGAAAAUCAGGAGGCACUGGAUUAAAUUUAGUGGGAGCAAAUAAAAUGAUAUGUGUUGAAGUUGAUUGGAAUCCUGCAAAUGAUUCUUAAGUUAUGGGUAGAAUCUGGAGAGAUGGUUAAUAAAAAUAAGUUCAUAUUUAUCGAUUAAUAACAUGUGGAACCUAUGAAGAAAAAAUUAUGCAAAGACAAUUAACUAAAGAAAAUUUAUCCUAAAACAUCGUUGACGAAAAAUCAUUAUAAAACUAAUUUACUACUGAAGAACUCAAAGAUUUACUGACAUAUAAGGAUAGCCAAAAAUGUUAUAUUUUUGAUCAAUCAGACAAAUUAGAAGCAGAACAUGAUUAUCCUACUGAUUUAAAUAAAUUUGUUGUAUUAGUUAAAAUUCAUAAAACCUAAUCUUGUAUUCCAAAUGAAUUUGAUAAUUAAAACACAUUUUUAGAGAAAGUGAUUGAGGAUCCCUAAAAUAUCUAAUAUCUAGAUAAUGAUGAAAAUCCAGAAUCUGAAGGUGAUAAUUCAUAGUAAGAAUAAUAAGAAUAAGAAUAAUAAUAAGAGCCUCAAGAAUAAGAAGUAUUCAAAGAUAUAACCAAUCAAUUUCAAAAUGUUAAUUUGCAGGAACAACAAGAGAAAAAUGACUAAUAAUAGGCAGAUUUUCCUUUAGCUAAUAUAAAUAUUUGUGAUUUAUCUUUUUUAGAUUGA